UCUCCUGGCAGCAGAAGGGGUGGCCCGGCUCCCGGAGGCUGUCGCGGAGCUUCCCCCGCGGGUCCCCUGGAAGGGGCGCGGGCUGACCGAUGUCCGUGAGGAGGUGCCUGGUGGGCCUCACCUUUUGCACCUGCUACCUGGCUUCUUACCUCACGAACAAGUAUGUCCUGUCUGUCUUGAAAUUUACCUACCCUACAUUAUUCCAAGGGUGGCAGACCUUAGUUGGUGGACUUUUGCUUCAUGUGUCAUGGAAGCUGGGCUGGGCCGAGAUCAACAGCAGCUCAAGAUCUGAUGUUUGGACGUGGCUUCCUGCUUCCGUGUUGUUUGUGGGUAUAAUCUAUGCUGGUUCCAGGGCACUAUCCAAACUGGCCAUUCCUGUGUUUCUCACUUUGCAUAAUGUAGCUGAAGUUAUCCUCUGUGGGCACCAGAAGUGUUUUCGGAAAGAGAAAACUUCUCCUGCAAAGAUCUGUAGUGCCCUCUUCCUCCUGGCUGCCGCAGGAUGCCUUCCCUUCAAUGACCCCCAGUUUGACCCCGGUGGAUAUUUCUGGGCUGUAAUUCACUUAAUCUGCGUAGGGGCAUAUAAGAUAUUGCAGAAGGUCCGGAAACCCAGCGCACUAAGCGACAUUGACCAGCAGUACUUAAACUAUAUGUUCAGCGUGGUGCUUCUGGGACUUGCGUCUCAUCCCACAGAUUUAUUUUUAGGUAAUCUGUACACCCAACGUGGGACUCGAACCUACAAACCUGAGAUCAAGUCACACAUUCUCCCGACCGAGCCAGCCAGGCCCCCUCUGUUGUGUGUUCAAGAGGGAGGAUUUCAAGGGCCCAGAGAGCAGAGAGACCCACAGGAACCGGACCCAGAAAUGACCUUGCUGCCUGGUGUGCCUAUUGCUUAUGUGCGAGACAAAGCAGGUGACCUCUUCAGCGUCCCGGACUUCCCGUUCCUGUAUUUCUACAGAUUCCAUGGCAGCUGCUGUGCCAGUGGAUUGUUAGGAUUCUUUCUCAUGCUCAGCACAAUGAAGCUGAAAAGCCUUAUGGCCCCAGGGCAGUGUGCAGCCUGGAUUUUCUUUGCUAAGGUGCUCACAGCUGGCUCUUCGGUAUUGCUAUUUGAUAUGAUCCUGACCAGUGCGACAGUGGGAUGCCUCCUGCUCGGGGGCCUUGGAGAGGCCUUGCUGGUUUUCUCCGAGCGGAAGGGCUCCUAAGGGCACGAAGAGUCAACUCAAAGGCUGCCAGCUGGUGUACUCGGCCCCCGGUCAUCGGAACUCCCUGUGGAGUGUGUCCGAGGCCAGAAACCAGGGAAAGUGAGGCCGCCACGUCUCACUGCAUCAAGAAGAACUCCGUCUGGGGGUCUGUGGCCUGCUGCAGAGAAGGGACUGUGUUGUGUCUUCCUGCUUCAAGAGACUCCCUUGAGUCCUGCUGACCACGCUGCCCAGUGGGGCAGACCCUGAUCCGGGGUCCCCCCCGCCCCCCGUAUGGGGCUGGCUCUGCUCCCUUAGACUGAUGCACAGGCCUCCUUGUCAAACACUUGUCACCAGACACUGCUUUGACUACUUGAUGGUGGGCUCAAGGUAUUCCAUGGCACUUUUUGUUUUGUGAUUUUACAUCUUUGGAGACUCUUCUGGGGACGUCCUUCCCUUGCUCUCAUGGGCUUGCCUGGAGCCCACCUUACCUGCUUACAAGCACAGACGGAAUUCUCCAGGAGGGUUUCCACUGGGGGGGCAGGCAUAGCAAUGAGGGUCGACUGGGAGUUCUGAGCCAAGUGAGACACCAGCAAGGACACUAUUACUCUGGAUUGAGUGCUGAAGUCUUUUGGUGACCCUAUGUUGUGUUGAAUUCUGUACACACUUUCUUUGGCCUGUAUUAGGUUCACUCUCUCCUCCAUGAUCAACAGAGGGAAUAGGGCUUAUAACUCCCGAUACUCCCUGGACAGUGAAACAAACCUAGAACAUACAUGUACACACAGGCACACACAUUUAUAAUCCUCUUCCUUAAAGCUUUUAAUCCAUUUAAUUCCCCGAUGGCUCAGAGAAGAUUUCAGAUCAUUGAACGCUGAAGUAUAUUUUUCAGGCCAGAUUAAAAAUUGGAUUAAAACCCUAAA